AUCGUGUUUCCCUAUUUUUAAACCUGUUCCCUCUUUCUCUCUCACUAUCACUAUCUCCUUAUACGACUGUUCUUCACUCAAACCCUCACCUGAACCCUAAAACUCAGAAUGCCUACUGUAUACGGCGUAGGAACCUAUGAUUUCAAACGGCAUAGAGUUGCAGAAUACCCUGUGGAGAUUCCGGAUCGACCGCCUGAACAGAAACCAUUAUCUACCGUAUCUAAUUCAAUCACACUAAUUGAAAUUCAGAAAGAUAGGUUAACGAAGAUUGCAUCAAGCAAUUGGUCAAAAACAGCUACGGAUUCGAAUAAGCCUUUUAAUCCUGAUUUGGUGAAGGAGAUUUAUGAGUCUGAGCUGUUAGCAAAAGAAGGGCAUAAGACUGUUUCGUUGCAGAGAGUUAUGGUUUUAGAGGUUUCUCAGUAUUUGGAGAAUUAUCUUUGGCCUAAUUUUGAUCCUGAGACUGCUAGCUUUGAACAUGUUAUGAGUAUGAUACUCAUGAUUAACGAGAAGUUUAGAGAGAAUGUAAGUGCGUGGAUGUGUUUUCACGAGAAAAAGGAUUUGUUUAAAUCGUUUCUAGAAAGAGUUCUUCGACUAAAAGAGGGAAGGGCUUUAAGUAUAGCAGAGAAGACCAACUAUUUGCUUUUCAUGAUUAAUGUCUUUCAGAGUUUGGAAGAUGAUAUUGUCAGUCAGACAGUGUUGAAGCUAGCAAGUCUGCAGGUCUGGAGUUGUUUGUCUUAUGGCCGGUUUCAGAUGGAGAUGUGCCUCAACCCCAAUCUAAUAAAGAAAUGGAAAAAGAUGAUAAAGAAAGAAUCUAAGGUUGCCGAGAAACGAGGAGAGCCUUUUGACCUGUUAAGCAAGCUCGAAAUAAGAUUUGUGAAGAAUCUGAUUGAGGAAUUUUUGGAGAUACUCGAUUCCCGGGUUUUUCCACAGAGGCAGUCAGAUCAGGAAGAUUGUCAACUUGGUGGUUCUGUCCAAGUUGAUGAUGGAUGUGUAUUGUACUGUGAAAGGUUCAUGGAGUUCCUCAUUGAUUUGUUGAGCCAACUGCCCACAAGGAGGUUUUUGAGGCCUGUUGUUGCUGAUGUUGCGGUCGUUCCCAAGUGUCAUUUAAGUGCUCUUUAUAAUCACCCAAAGGGGCGCCUUUUUGCACAGUUGGUUGAUCUUCUACAGUUCUACGAAGGGUUUGAAAUUAAUGAUCAUACUGGGACUCAGCUGUCCGACGACAAUGUGCUUGUUGCUCACUAUUCUCGUGUUAAAACUUUCCAGUUAUUCGCGUUCAAGAAACUUCCCAAGUUGAACGAGCUUGCGUUGGCUAAUGUUGGCUCCAUUCACAAAAGGGCUGAUCUUUCGAAAAGAUUGUCUGUGCUCUCUCCUGAGGAACUACAUGACUUGGUUUGCAAUAAGCUCAAGUUGGUGUGUAGCAAGGAUCCCUGGGCAAAGAGGGUUGAUUUUCUUCUUGAAGUCAUGGUCUCCUUUUUUGAGAAACGCCAGUCCCAAAAGGAAGCUAUAAAUGCACUACCGUUAUACCCAAAUGAGCAGAUAAUGUGGGAUGAAAGCCUUGUUCCAAGUAUUAAUUACUCUGGGGAAGGAUGCCUGGCACUCCCGAAGCUUAAUCUUCAGUUUCUGACCCUUCAUGAUUAUCUUUUGAGAAACUUUAAUCUUUUCCGUCUUGAAUCAACAUAUGAAAUUCGUGAAGACAUUCAGGAAGCCAUUCCACAUCUUCUUGCAUACAUAAAUAUUGAGGGUGAAACUGCUUUUCGAGGUUGGUCAAGGAUGGGAGUGCCAAUCAAGGAAUUCAGGAUCAAAGAGGUAAAGCAACCAAACAUAGGAGAGGUCAAGCCAGCUGCUGUAACUGCGGAUGUAACGUUCAGUAUUUCUAGUUAUAAAGCUCAAGUCAGGUCAGAAUGGAAUUCACUUAAAGAGCAUGAUGUGUUAUUUCUACUCUCAAUCCGUCCUUCAUUUGAGCCUCUCAGUUCAGAGGAAGCUGCAAAAUCAACUGUACCAGAGAGGCUCGGCCUUCAGUUUGUACGUGGAUGUGAAGUUAUUGAGAUCCGCGACGAAGAGGGAGGUCUCAUGAAUGAUUUUACUGGGCGAAUCAAAAGAGAUGAAUGGAAACCCCCUAAAGGUGAAUUGCGAACUGUUACAGUUGCCUUGGAUACAGCACAGUACUACAUGGAUGUGAACGACAUUGCAGAGAAAGGUGCAGAUGAUGUUUAUGGGACAUUUAAUAUACUAUUAAGGAGAAAACCCAAAGAAAAUAACUUCAAAGCAAUCCUGGAGUCCAUAAGAGACCUUAUGAAUGAAUCUUGUAUUGUUCCCGACUGGUUGCACAAUAUAUUCUUGGGUUAUGGGAACCCUUCUGCGGCACAAUGGACAAAUAUGCCUGAUCUUCUUGAUACAGUAGACUUCAAAGACACGUUUCUUGAUGCGGAUCAUCUGAGAAGAAGUUUUCCAGAUUACCAGGUUUGCUUUACAGGUCCAGAUGGCAAUGAAAUUUCAAAUCCUGAACCGCCUUUUCGGUUGAAGUUUCCAAAGGCCAUGAAAAGCAGUUCUCAUGCGCUGCCAGGGAAUACAAAAUCAGCUAGAGAUGAACAGAAUGAUGUGCAUAUGGUGGAUGCAGGUUCUGAACUUGAAAAGCUUAUUGUUGAGGCAUAUGUCCCCCCAGAUCCAGGUCCAUAUCCCCAAGAUCAGCCUAGAAAGAACUCUGUUAAAUUCACACCCACCCAGGUUGGAGCCAUCAUCUCUGGUGUACAGCCAGGCUUAACAAUGGUUGUUGGUCCUCCUGGUACUGGAAAGACUGAUACAGCUGUACAGAUCUUGAAUGUUCUAUAUCAUAAUUGUCCAUCUCAAAGAACGCUGAUUAUUACUCACUCGAAUCAGGCUCUGAAUGAUCUUUUUGAAAAGAUAAUGCAGAGGGAUGUCCCUGCGAGGUACCUUCUUCGUUUGGGUCAAGGAGAGCAAGAAUUAGCAACUGAUCUUGAUUUUAGUCGGCAAGGCAGAGUAAACGCUAUGCUUGUUCGACGAUUAGAGCUUCUUGCUGAAGUAGAAAGGCUUGCUAGAUCACUUCAACUGCCAGAAGAUGUGGGAUACACAUGUGAAACUGCUGGAUACUUUUGGUUGCUUCAUGUUUACUCACGGUGGGAGCAGUUUUUAUCAGCUUGCGCACAAAAUCAAGAUAAGCCCACAUUUGUUAAAGAGAGGUUUCCAUUUGCUGAGUACUUCUCCAACACAGUUCAACCAGUCUUCUCAGGCCAGUCCUUUGAAAAAGACAUGCAUGCAGCAAAAGGAUGUUUCCGUCAUCUUCAAACAAUGUUUCAAGAACUUGAAGAGUGUAGGGCUUUUGAAUUGCUCAAGUCUACGGCUGAUCGGGCAAAUUAUCUGAUGACUAAACAAGCAAAGAUUGUGGCGAUGACCUGCACCCAUGCGGCUCUUAAGAGGAAGGACUUCCUUCAGCUAGGAUUUAAGUAUGAUAACUUGCUUAUGGAAGAAAGCGCACAGAUUUUAGAGAUUGAGACUUUCAUUCCAAUGCUACUUCAGAGACAGGAGGAUGGUUAUGCACGUCUCAAACGUUGCAUAUUGAUUGGUGAUCACCACCAGUUGCCUCCAGUUGUGAAGAAUAUGGCUUUCCAGAAAUACAGCCACAUGGACCAGAGCUUGUUUACAAGAUUUGUUCGUCUAGGUAUACCGUAUAUUGAGCUUAACGCACAAGGUAGAGCCAGGCCAAAUAUAGCCAAGCUGUACAACUGGAGAUACAGGGAUCUCGGAGACCUGCCAAUUGUGCGAGAGCAAGCUAUUUUCCAUACAGCAAAUGCAGGAUUUGCUUAUGACUAUCAGCUGGUAGAUGUUCCUGACUAUAACGGUAGAGGUGAAAGUGCUCCAUCUCCUUGGUUUUACCAAAAUGAAGGAGAGGCUGAGUAUAUAGUUAGUGUGUACAUCUACAUGCGCUUGCUAGGUUAUCCUGCAAGUAAGAUUUCUAUAUUGACAACCUACAACGGUCAGAAACUACUCAUUCGUGAUGUUAUCUCUAGACGUUGCUCACAUCCCUUCAUUGGUCCACCAAACAAGGUUACCACGGUUGACAAGUUUCAAGGUCAGCAGAACGACUUCAUCUUACUGUCUCUUGUCCGUACCCGCUUUGUUGGGCAUCUUCGUGAUGUGAGAAGAUUGAUUGUUGCCAUGUCUCGAGCACGACUCGGUAUCUACGUUUUCUGUCGUCGGUCACUGUUUGAACAAUGUUAUGAACUACAACCCACCUUCAAACUUCUUCUUCAAAGACCUGAUCAGCUGGGAUUGAACUUCAACGAGACCACUUCAGUUACAGAACGCGAUGUUGGAGACACCGGAAGGGCCAGUUUUGUGAGUGGCAUUGAAGAAAUGGCCAGUAUUGUUGAUGUAAAGAUGCAUCAAGCCUAUCAGGCCUAUCAGGCUAACCAGGUCAGUCACUCAUAGAAGUGUGCAAAGCUAGAGUUGCUUCGAAACAUAUCAACAAGUUCAAUUUUGCUCCUUGGUGGAUGGUUUCAGUCUUUUAGGCUUGUAAUAGCACAACACAGGGUGAUGUUAUAGAAUCCUCUGAGAAUGGGUAACAGAGUUUCAGUGAAGAAGUAAGUAACUAUGCAGCCCAUUGUUCUGUAUUUCUAUAUUCAUACAUAAUGAAAAUCAGGAACUGCAGCCCAUUAAUCUGUUGAUACAAAAACUUAAAAGUGAUGGUGCACAAGUUUUAUAAGUCGAAGUUACAAAUGGGGCUCAUGGGUUGUAAGUUAUAAUAGAAAUCUAAAACUAGUUCACAAUCA